AUGGACGCUGCCGCUGGGCCACAAGGCGCCGAAGGGCGGGCCUACACGGCCCAGCUGGGGCGCCUCCGCAGGGCCGGAAGGUUUCGACAGGUCUGGGAGCUGCUGCGGCGCAUGGGCCGGGAGGAGGUGGAGACCAAUGUCUUCCACUGCAGCUGCGCCAUCAGCGCCUGCGAUGCGACGAACUGGCCCCUGGCCCUUCAGACGCUUCGCGCGAUGGCGGCGCGGCAGGUGCCGCCCAACAUCGUGAGCCUCAACGUGUGCUGCAGCGCCCUAAAGACUACGUGGGGCCGGGCUGUGGAGCUAUUGGCUGCAGAGAGGCAGCUGCAGCUGAGCGCGGUCACCUACAGCUCCGCCAUGACGACUUGGCAUGUUGGUUUGCGGCUCUUCACCCAGAUGGCCCUGCGCCAGGUGCCCGCGGAUUCGGUGUGCCAUGGCAGCCUCCUGGCGGCCUUGGCGUCAGCUGGGUGCUGGCUGGUUGCAGUGCAACUCCUGGGCCAGAUUCGCCCGAACACCAUCAUGUACAACUCCGCUAUCUCCGCUUGUGAAAAGGGCCACAAGUGGCAGUGGGCCCUGUACUUUUUGGCACAGAUGAAGGAGGCCACCGUGGUGAGCUUCAGUGCGGCGCUGAGCGCUUGCGCGCGCAGCGCUCGCUGGGAGCAGGCGCUAAGCUUGCUGCAUGUCAUGCCUUCAGCGCGGGUAGUGGCGAACUCGGUGAGCUUCAACGCUGCGAUCACAGCGGCUGAGAAGGCGCAGCGCUGGGACUUGGCCCUUCAGCUGCUUGCCCAGAUGGCGCGCCUGGAGGCGGCGCCCUCCGUGGUGAGCUUCAACGCGGCCCUCAGCGCCUGCGGGAGGUCCCAGUGGCGCAUGGCGCUGCACCUCCUGGCCGCCAUGCCCGCUGAGUCCGUUGAACCAGACAACGCCACCUUCAGCAGCGCGAUCGCUGGUUGCGCGAUGGGCCGGCGCUGGCAACAGGCGCUGGAGCUGUUGCGUCAGAUGCCUCGAAGGGGUCAAAGCUGCUUGCCGGGAUCAGACUUUUGCCACGCCGUGCAAGACGAGCGAGUCAGCUGUGCAAUCUUUGGCGAGUCGCUUCAACCGACGUGUCCUGUGUGGAAGAACCAGGCCUGCGUCGCCUGCGGGCGUUUGGCCUUUGCCCCUGGGCUGCUGCAGCGGUUGGCAGAGUUGGCCGAGCUGUGA